GAUUGGUUCCCUGUUGGCCGUUUUGCUGCUUCAUUCCUCACGUUGACUUUACAAACUAUGUAGAUCUGAGUUUUACUGAUAAUUGCCCGGCGAUCAACAAAAUGUUUCGAAAUAUUGGACGUUUUUGUCGAAACGUCUUUGAAAAGAGGUACUCAAGUUUAGUCGAUACAAAUUCAAAUCAAGUUUAUGAUGAGCUGUUGAAAAAAUCGUACUUACUACCUGAAAAUGGACAUAAUGUUCUUAUUAUCCAGCCACAUAUCAAAGGUAUAAUGUAUGCCAAGAUCAGUAACAACAACAUAUAUUCACAUAGACAUGAUCCCAAUGUAGACGAAGCUAUAGCUUUAGUGGAUUCACUAGAAUUUUGGACUACUGUUGGUGUGAUAUACUGUAAUGUAAAAGCUGCCAACGCUAAUAGAGGAACAUUUUUCAGUAAAGGUGUUUGGCAAAAUGUAUCAGAGACUGUCAUUGCUUAUCGUGAUGGAAAACAACCUAUUCAAAAUUGUGAUACACUUCCUAUGCAAGAAACUAACACAUCCUCUGAUCAUUUAGUUAAAAAGCAAGCAACAGCAGUCCUUGUAAAUUGGUCUCGUUUAACAACAUUACAGUUGGCACUUAUGCAACAGGCAUGGCAAAUUCCCGUUUAUGAUCGCUACACUCUUGUUGUUCAAUUAUUCAAUAUUCGAUCUCGUACUCAAGAAGCAAAGCUUCAAGCGAAAUUAGCUGAAAUUGGCUUGCUUCGAGCUCGUGUUCCAGCGUUUUUUGAAACUCCAAACAUGAUUAAAUGUUUGAUUGAUAGAUCAGAUUUUGCUACAAAAGAACGUUUAAUCGAAAUACUUAAUGAAAGAGAAGUUCAUCUUUUAAAUCAAUUGGAAAAAAUUUCCAAACAACGUUCUCAACAUAGACGUAAUCAUAAACGUGAAAUGGAGAAACAUCAUUUGCCUUUGGUUGCAGUUGUAGGUUAUACUAAUGCUGGUAAAACAAGUCUAAUACGCUAUUUGAGUAAAUCAGAUAAACUUACUUCAUGUCCACAAGUGUUUGCCACUUUGGAUAUUACACAUCAUCGAAGUCGAUUGCCUAUACUUCCGAAUAGAAUAGAAGAGAAUAAUGUCACUUCUGAUUCAUUGUCUACUGUGGAUGGCAACAACACUGUUAGUCAUUGUAGUAACAGUGUAGGAUUGCCUGGAAUACAAAUGUUACUAUUGGAUACAAUUGGAUUUAUGUCUGAUCUUCCAACUAACUUAUUAGCUGCAUUUCGAGCUACUCUAGAUGAAUGUGUAGAUGCAGAUCUAAUUUUACAUGUAGUUGAUAUUAGUCAAUCUGACUGGCAGUUACAAGUUAAUCAUGUCGAGAAAUUAUUAAACAAUAUUGGUGUUCUUAUAAACAAACCAAUAAAAUCUGAACAUACAAAUGAUUCUGAUGCAUUUGAUGGACCGGAAAUAUUAAAAAUUGGUAAUAAACUUGAUCGAAUGUAAGGAAAUGAAUCAAAUAAUAUGUACACUGGAUUUGAUGCAUUGAUAUCUACUAAAACUGGGAUAGGUAUGAAAGAAUUGACUUCAAAAAUUCAACUAGCUAUAAUGAAACGUCUUGGAUGGUUUUCACGUACAUUGGAUAUUAGUCAAGGUGGUUCUAGUCUUCAAUGGAUUUAUUCUAAUGCUAUGGUUACAAAUGUGGACAUUUCUCCUUCAAGUGCGGAACGACUUAGAAUAACUGCAGUAUUUACACCUGUUAGUUGGAUUAAAUUUUGCAGAACAUUUAAAACAGCACCCUCUGAAAAUGUUUUAUAAUAUAUUUCAAAUCGUAAUGAUAUCCUUUAACAAUAUCCAAACAUUGUAUUUUUCUUCCUUAAAUUAUUAUUUUUUUUCACAAUUCAUUGUAACAUGUAACGUGAUUCUGUUUUAAAGGAUCACUUUUU